GAGUUUUGCUCUCUGAGAGCUUGUAAAAAGACACACUCUUAUAAGAGUUCAUGCUACAACCUAGCAAAGAACUUUAAAUUUGUGGAAGAACAGUAUAUUCAUUUUGGCAUUCUGCAGAGACCCUAACUCUACCUUUCUGCUUUAAAGCAAAGUAAACUCGGUGGCCUCUCCUCCACCCCUCAAAAUGAUAGCAAUCUCUGCAGUCAGCAGCGCUCUCCUGUUCUCCCUUCUCUGUGAAGCAAGUGCCGUCGUCUUACUCAAUUCCACUGACUCAUCCUCGCCAACCAAUAAUUUCACUGAUAUUGAAGCAGCACUAAAAGCACAACUAGAUUCUGCGGAUAUCCCCAAAGCCAGGCGGAAGCGCUACAUUUCGCAGAAUGACAUGAUCGCCAUUCUUGAUUAUCAUAAUCAAGUUCGGGGCAAGGUGUUCCCACCAGCAGCAAACAUGGAAUAUAUGGUUUGGGAUGAAAAUCUUGCAAAAUCUGCAGAGGCUUGGGCAGCUACUUGCAUUUGGGACCAUGGACCUUCUUAUUUACUGAGGUUUUUGGGCCAAAAUCUAUCUGUACGAACUGGAAGAUAUCGCUCUAUUCUCCAGCUGGUCAAGCCAUGGUAUGAUGAAGUGAAAGAUUAUGCUUUUCCAUACCCUCAGGAUUGCAACCCCAGAUGUCCUAUGAGAUGUUUUGGCCCCAUGUGCACACAUUAUACGCAGAUGGUUUGGGCCACCUCCAAUCGGAUAGGAUGUGCAAUUCAUACUUGCCAAAACAUGAAUGUCUGGGGAUCUGUGUGGCGACGUGCAGUUUACCUGGUAUGCAACUAUGCCCCAAAGGGCAAUUGGAUUGGAGAAGCACCCUAUAAAGUAGGGGUACCAUGUUCAGCUUGCCCUCCAAGUUAUGGAGGAUCUUGUACUGACAAUCUUUGUUUUCCAGGAGUAACGUCAAACUACCUAUACUGGUUUAAAUAAGCUUAUCUUUUCCUCCAGGAAAUAGAAUGGUUUCUGGGAAUCAUAGGCAUAUAUAUAUAUUGAGUUUUGCACAUAUUAUACAUAUUUUAUAAUAAUCUUGUUUUCCUUUUAUUAUUCACUGUAUAAAUUAGUGUUUGUCUAGUAUGUUUGUUUCACCUUUGAGUUAAUCAAAACAUCCAUUUCUGUCUUCUGACCUCUAAGCCCAAGUUAAAAUGUUGUCUAUGUAGUAUUGACAUAGUUGAUGCAUCCAAUUCUAAAACUUGCUUCCCAAAGGAAUUAUGUUACACUUGUGAGGAAUCAAAUAUAUAUUUGACCUAUAAUUUAUGUGUGUGUAUGUAGAUAUAUAUACACAUAUGUGUAUGUAGAUAUACAUGCACAAACAUAUAACAGAUGAUGUAACACAGAGAAUAAUGUGAUUCAGUAGUUAACUUGAGGGAAAUUUUAAUAUAUACUAUUCUGAAAUAUAUAUGAGGUGGUGGGACAUCUUCAGCACCCAUGUCUAUAAUAUCUACAAAGUGACAAUUUGCGAAAAAACACUCAGUGAUGUCUGGGCAUAAUAAUUUAAUUAAGCCACCAAGGAUUUCAUUCUGGAGGUAUUUUGUCUUAUUUGGGUUCACCAAAGGAUAUGCGCAACUUACGUAAGAUUCAAGUCAUACCUUUUGCUUAAUCUCUUUUAUUGAAUUAGUAGUCAUGUGUUGAGUGCUUCCUAUGUGCAAGGCACUCUGCAAGUUAUGUUCUGAUAAUGCAAAGAUGUGAGAUGCGGUUCCUGCCUUCAAGAAGCUCGCAAAAAUAUUCAGGAAAUAAUGCAGUUUAAGAUUUUGCUGCAAAAUUACAGUUUUUUAACAAAUUGAUUUUAAUGUAAGUUUGAGUAAAUAGAUGCCACACUGGUCACCUAUAGGUGAAAUAGGGAUGAGGACACUGUGUGAUACGCAAGGCUUCUGAUUAGCAUGAAAAUGUAGGGACACCACUUGGAACUAAAAGAGGCAGAAAAGAAUUCACUGCCCAGGGAUUACUGUAUUAGAGUAAAUAGUUGUGAGUUUGGAAGGCAGACAGCAAGAUGCUAAAAAACCUGACAAGGCCCAGGAAAACUAAGAUUUAGGGGACAGGUAUGUAAAGUCACAGAAAUAGGGUUACUGCACAAAAAAUUACAGGUGAGAGCUUCAGAAGGGCCCUUCCUGAGAGUCUAGUAUAUCUCGAGGCCUGUCAGCAGAGGGUGAAGAAUGCCACAAGAAACAUGUGAGAUGCCAAGGACACUUCCAUCUCUUCACAUCAUUAUUUGGUGAGCAUCCAUCCUAUCGUAAUGAGCCUCUAAGCAUCACGUUAAAGAUUCUGUAUGCACACCACAGUUAGGUUUUGGCAAAGUGGUGCUCUUCAGAUGAUUUGCUAAGGACUAAUUAGCAAAUCUUAUUUCCAUGUCUAUGUAGAAGAAUAAUUUUCAGUUCUCCAUUAAGUUUGAUUGUGGAAGUCAAAUCAAAGUCACUAUGAAAAUUUCACUCAUGUGAUUUUGGAAAUGCAAUGUUUCCUCCUUCAGGAAUUCGCUAUUAGAGAGGAAAAUUCAACAUCUGGGUCAAGACACUUAUAUUAUGUUUUGUGUGUGUGUGUG